AUGGAGAUCCUUUACAUUCUGUUUGUGGUUCUCUUCUUGGUCUCCCUGGCGACUGCAGGACACCGGCGGUUUCCAGACACCCAGUCUUGCAUCAGACGUGAUGGUUACUGUAAAGCAAAAUGCACGAAGAUCGGUAGCCGGGAUGAGGUCGAGCUGGGGACCUGCAAGAAUGGAAGGCAGAAAUGCUGCCGACCUAAGCAUCUGCUCUCCAACUACACUGGGCUCCUAGCCAACCUUCAGCCAUGAGGCUCCUCUACACUUUGCUGUUGUCUUCUUAGACUCCGUGGCUACUCCAGGAGAUGAGCACCCUUGAAUACACACGUCACUGCAGCCAUCCUGGUAGUGACUGUAAAUGGGCCCAUACUCGGUGUGAAUUCAUUGUUGAAACUUCUGAGGGGAAGAGAUGCUGUUUGGAUAUGCUGUGUGGCCCUAAUCAGAGCAGAAG